UUCAUACAUAAGUAUAUAUUUAUAACAAUGAGACAACUAUUUAUUAUAGCAUUGGUGGCUAUAUUCUUGGCUGCGGCAGUGUCCUCUACCAACAGCAUGUGGACAAAGACCACUCGCGCACAAUCAGACCACACACUUCAGUUCCGUGUAGCACUCCGUCAACACAACCUAGACAUUCUCGAGUCUACACUCCUCGAUGUAUCCAACCCAUCAUCAAUCAACUAUGGCAAACAUUGGACGAUUGAUCAGAUCUUGGACUUGAUCGCACCUUCAUCAUCAGAGUCUAAUCAGGUGGUCGAAUACCUUGAGAUGAAUGGCGCAUUUGAUGUGGAGAACAAGCGUGAUCACAUCAUUGCCACGGCCAAUGUUGAGGAUAUCGAGCGUAUGUUCAAUGUGCAGAUGUUCAACYUUCAAGCACAACACAAAGAAGAGCCAGAGAAUCAUCCGCUCUUCAUCCGGUCGCUAUAA